AAUGAGUUCCAAGUCAAAUAUUCAACUCUCAACGAAUGAGAUCUCAUAUUUUUGCCGAAAAGUGUUCAUUCAUUGCAUUUUAAUUUUCAAUUUAUGUAAUUUUUUUAUUCAGAGGAAAAAGCUGUUCAACAUUUACAAAGCUACUAUAUACAUAUCUGAUCAUAAUCAUGCUCAGUUAUAUUGUUGAACCAAAGUUUAAGGUCCUUAAAGAACUGUUGUACACUGUGAAUCUGUGCUGUUAUAGUUUUCCCACAAGACAACCGCAGGAUAACUGUGAACAUUAUUAUUUUAUGGUCGUAGGAUUCAAUUCGCCAUAUGAAAUAUGCUUAUCACUUCCUGAUAAACACUUUUGGAUUAGAAGCUGAAAAUUUCCUGAAAGGUUACAUCAAAGUAAAACUUUUAUUUUGAGUUUUUGACAAGUCAUUAUAUUUGUCAGGGUACUAACAAACCAUUUCGCAGUUGUUUCUCUUUUUUCUGUUUUGUUCGGACGACACGCACCAUAUGUUUCUUGAAUUGUUGCUGUCCAAACAGUUUCAAUCCUCGUUCGGUUGUCAUCCUCAUCUGGGACCCUUGGCAAUCAAAUUGCUUGAAAGUAGUUUCCUCACCUCUCAGCCACAACUCCAUAUCCCUAUUUCUUCCAUACAUUGACAUCCAAUCUCAUCUAUUGAAGAAUUUUAGUUCCUCAGCUACGUGUCAAAAACCCAUUUCAUGAUUCCUACAAAGAGGAUAACAUAUGCACAUGCACACUUACAAUUCGGACAUUUUUAGCCAUCCAAAUGUCUCAAAACUCAAAAGCUCUCCCUUAACAUACUGUAAAUGACUUCUAAAUGUUAGCCACCGGGGAGCUCACUGCCAACAGCAUCAGGCAGCCAGAGCUGAGUCAGUCUGAGCAAACCACACCAAGAGUCUUAACCAUAUUAUCUACUGUGAUAGAGAAGCUAGUGGCUCGAAAUGAUCGACUUGUGGAUGGCUUGAACCAUCAGAUGAAUGGGAUGAGCUCUGGCUUGACUAGGCUUGGGAAGAGCUUAAACGCAUUUCAUGGUGUAAGAGCACCUAGUAUAAGCGUACAAAAAUACUUGGAGAGGCUAUACAAGUACACAAAUUGCAGCCCAUCCUGUUUUGUAGUUGGAUAUGUGUACAUGGAUAGGCUGGCUCACAAGCACCCUGACUCUCUUGUGAUAUCAUUGAAUGUGCAUAGGUUGCUGGUUACAAGUGUCUUGGUUGCUUCUAAGAUGCUGGAUGAUGUGCACUAUAACAAUGCAUUCUAUGCAAGAGUAGGGGGAGUGAGCAAUGCAGAAUUGAACAGGUUGGAAAUUGAAUUCCUGUUCCUCUUAGAUUUUGGAGUUAUGGUCAGUUCUCGAAUUUUUGAGAACUAUUGCUUGCACUUGGAAAAAGAGAUGAUGUUGAAUGUUGCAGUUCAGAAAAUUGAAAGAGUAAUACCCUCCAAUUCCUUGGAUGAUGUAACAGAAAUAUCAGUGGAAGAUACACAAAACUUGUCACCACCUCAAGUAGUAGUGGACUGACUCUUUUGAGUUAAUUUCUUUCCUUGUUCUCCCCUUCUUGCUUGUCUUUGUAAAAUUCUUGUAACUUCGGCCACGGAGUUGGAUAUUGACGCAGAUUUGGUAUCUAACAAAGCCGAAUGGCAAUAAAGAAUCUAUAUAACUGAUCUC